AGUCCAACAUGGUUGACCUGUGAGCAGUGGUGUUACAAACGGCCGUCCGCAUUAAUUGCUCGUUCUUUCGAUCGCGCGUUACUCGUAUAACGUUAAAAACCGUUAAUAUGAUAUCUUCGAUCGUCUCGCGACUUGUCAUUUUGACGCGUCGGAUCGGGGCCGACGGGGAUCGAAAAGAAUUCGGAGGGGACGGUCGCGAAAUAUAGUCGAGAAUCCAGGCGAAGGGGGAGGCGAGGCGAGAAUUUGGGCCGCGUGUGGAAUGGAAAUGAAAAGGGAGGAGCCUCGACCGGAUGAACUCGAGGAAAAUCCGUUUCUCUGGAUCGUAUGCAAAACGGGCGCCCCCCGUGUAAUAAUAACGAGCUUGCACGCCGUCGUUCGAUACUGCGCCGACCAGAUGCCGAAGAAAAUGAGCCUGGGCUUCCUUCGAACGCUCGCCGCCCUCCUGGUAAUCGUAAUGCCCCGAUCGCUCACUUACGUUCUCCUCUAUCCGAUUUUCAGAUUAGUGUUCGGCAAUUUGUACCCGGCCUACGCUUCUUACAAGGCGGUCAGGACGAAGAAUGUGAAAGAAUACGUGAAAUGGAUGAUGUACUGGAUCGUGUUCGCGCUGUUCACGUGCGCGGAAACCUUCACCGACGUCUUCUUCAGCUUUUGGUUCCCAUUCUACUACGAGAUCAAGACGAUCCUGGUCAUCUGGCUACUGAGUCCGGCCACCAAAGGGUCGAGCAUACUUUACAGACGCUUCGUUCACCCGGCGUUGAUCCAACGCGAGGCUGAGAUCGACGAAGCUCUGGCCCGCGCCACGGAGCAGGGUUACACGGCGGUCUUACACCUAGGAUCGAAAGGUGUGAACUACGCCACCACGGUUCUCAUGCAAACAGCGAUCAAGCAUAUGCUCAAGCCCGAUCAAAUCGUCGCGAAUGAACAACAAUCAUCGAUCCAAUCGGCCUCGGCGAUUUCUAGCUCGGCCAAACUUCCAACAACCUCGACACCCAAGGAAAAGAAGACGGACGAGACGGACGGUGCACCGAAGGAACCGAAUCAACCGUUCCCAAGCAUUAGCUCCGACGACUUGAUCCCGGUCGAGUCGAUACCAAGCUUGUACAACGACUUGAACACGGACGACGACGAGCUGGCCGAGAUUAAUCGGGCGGAGGAGAAAAUUUUCAAGAUGCCCUCGCCCAAGAGGAGCUACAGGACGAGGAAGAGCAGGAGGGAUCGUUCGGGGUCGAGCAGGCGGCUCAGAUCCCGUACCCGCGACAACUACAAAUUCAGCGACGAGGAGUUGGAUCACCAACAGCAACACGUGUCAUCCCCCGUGGAGAUCUUUUCUUUCCUCGUAUAUGCGAAUUAUAUACGAAAAUUAAUUACAAUUUAUUUCGAUCGAAAUGGUACAGUGGAACCUCGUCGAAGAGAGCACGUAGGGAGAAGAGGGUACAGCCCUCGUCGGACACAGUCGAGCAGCAAUCGCGUGGAGAUGUAUUUUUCCGAGGUGGACGUGGACGUUAGACAACCACGGUCGAGAGAGCCGACAACCAGCUUAACCAACAUAAGGUCCUCGGACGACAUAUCAAGCGGAUACAGCAGCGGGGAAGCGCUACAAUCUAGCCGUACAUCUCAAGGCGAUUCGUUAGUUCGAACAUCGAGCGUCGGUGCAAGAACACGGGCAAAACCUCGCUCCGCAACGAAGAAGACCCCAGAGGACUCGGGAGAGGAUUCCGACAGCAUCGAUCCUCCCUCCUCCAAAAAUAUCUCAUUUCCGCCACCUUUAAAUCUCGUCACUCCCGAACAAGCGCUCGAGAUCUUGCUUCUGCUCUCGCGAAACCGUAAUGUCGCUGAUUAUAUCAAUUUCGAUCGUGGCCCCGUUCUCCCAGGUAACGACGAUUUACUUAAACACACCAGUCAAUCAGGCCCGGAACUAGAAAUGGAAAAAGAAUCACGAAAAGAAAGUGUCGAUAGCUCAGAUACCGUACGAACGGUUCAAACCCUCGAAACCGACCCCGAACAAUCGUUCACCCUGGUAAGAGAAACGAGCGAGUGUUCCGCUAGCUCUGACUGCCCCCCGACGACCAUCGUUACUGAGCUUUGCCAGAACAAGUUCGAGGAGCUUAAACAAUUGUUGAGCGACGCUCGAAAAGCUGUGAACAACAUCGUUCACACGCAAGAGAAGUUGCGGCAGAGCGACACGUCGUCCAUCGUCGAAUCGUGCGAUUCGAAAAUUGAAAAUACUCGGCGAGAGAACAACGCGUUGGAGGAAUCCAAGGAGAUGGCCGACCACGACGACGACGACGACGACGACGAGGAGGAAGCGGUGAACGGCUCGUUGGACGUUUGGACGACGCCGAGCGUGUCGCGUAGCAAUUCGGAUAAUCUCGGUCGAGCUGGAAAAUAUAGGAAGAAACCGGCGCCUAGGGCGCCUCUCGCGAGGAGCGAGGAGAAGUUGAACGAGGAUGGCGGAGGCGCGUUGAAAGCCACUUUGGUGAUUAAAACGGGAACGUUGAAGAGCUUCUCGAACGCGACUAGCAGCAAGGAGUUCGUCUCGGACGCGAGCAAGUCGAAGGGGAAGAGGUCGAAGAGGCAGAGGACCAAGGAAGGUCUCUCCAAGUUGUUCACCAUCCCGAGGAACAUGUUUCAGAACGCUUUCCACAGGGCCAGGGAGGAUUCCGACGAAACUAGAUCGAGCAGCAUCGAGCCAACGAUCGUCCAACUCGCGCCAAAAUUCUCCUCCUCCUCGUCCUCCUCCUGCCAAGAGGGAGGAACGAACGACGAGAAAAGCGAGAACGAUACGUCCAACGAGAGUGCUUACGUGCUCGCGCCAACCGAUGAUGGGAAAGGGAAGGAUAAAGUGGAGGACGUCGAAACGAAUAAGGAGAGAAUGGAGGAUGUCGAGUGGCAAAAAAUUGGGAAAAGAUUGGAAUCGGAUAUCUUUUAAAGAAAGGAAAAAAGUUCGAUUUAAUUGUUGAUAUAAAUUGAUAUAAAUAAGGUUACACGGGUCUUUUUGACUGGUUCUCGUUGACAAAUUAAAUGAAUUCAGUGUCACCAAUCCUUCCUCAUCAUCCUCACCCUGCUAGAUACUUUAUCGUACCGGAAAUCUGGAGAGAAGAAACGGAUUAAUUCGUUCGUUCAGAUCAUAACAAGCUUCGCCACUCUCCCUCGCAGCAAGAAGACAAGUAAGAAGAAAGUGGCAUGAAAUUUGGAAACUGUUGCUGAUCGCAUCAAGGAAUAAGAUCGACCGUUUUCCUUCCGUUCAUACCAUUUAUUUGAACGCGUUUGUACGUAAACGAUCAGCAGCAGCAUAAUCUGAACCAAUCGAGCAUAAAGAGAAUGCAUAAAAGGAAUGGCGACAUUGUGGCCAGCCACCGAUGUUGUAAUAUCGUUUGUACAUAACUAUAUAGUUUCUCAUAAUUUCAAUUUCAAUUUUGAAAACGAGAUUACUUCUCGAUACUUCAGUAUAAAGGAGCACCUAGUUGAGUAGUCGUACGAGAACACUUUUCGAUCGAUCGAAUAAGUUAAUCCCAUUAACGCAACCAUAUAAUUAACGAUAAUAAAAAAAGAGAGAGGGAAAAAGAAAAAAGAAACCAAUUUGAUUGUGACGGAACGUGUAACACCGUUGCUCACGGUCAUCUGAAAGAUACUCCUAUUGUACUCCUUUCUUUUUUUUCUUUUCUUUUUUUAUUGCGUAUCCCGAGACUCAUGCGUAACGUUGUUUAUACGAAUAAUAUUAUUAAUAGUAGUUCGAUCGAGUUUUAUAUAUAUAUAUAUAUUAUAUGUUUACCACGUUUAAAAGAAGAAAAAUCUGGUGCUUUUUGCACUCCAUCUUUGCUUACGAUCAUGCAUAGAUUAUUAACGAAUUAAUCGCGAUGCAUUGAGAUUCGAAAUCGCCUGGAAUCCCCAUUUCUAAGCUUUUUUCUAAACCGUAGUUCUGGUAUUUUGUGAAACGAGUCGAUCGUAGUGGAAAGAAAGAAAGAAAGAAAGAAAGAAAGAAAAAAAAGAGGAUAAAAGUUCCGACGAACACGCGAAGAGAAGAAUGACGCGUGUGACAAUUCCAUGUAAGACGAGAAAGGUUAAAUGAAUUCUAUGAAAUCUAGUCAUCAAACAAAACGUACUCAGGCAACUCUCGAAUAGUGCCAUUUAAAAACAUUCAAUAAUUUGUCUAUAUGAUUAUAUAAAUAAUAGUAAUGGUGUGCGGUGAAUAACU